AUGCCGCGAGCCAUCCCAGGCGUGCUAGUGGAGUGCGACGCAUCCAUCAAGGCCAUCAUCAACCGCAUCAACGACCAGCACGACCACGACUUCAUCAUCGAAGACAUCGAUGACGAGCAUGUAUUGAUCAAGAGCAGCAAGCUCGACGAGUUGAAGCUGUUGCUGAAGGAUGCCUUGAAAGACAGCGUCAGGGAAAACGAGGAUUCCUCAGAAUCGGACUGA